CUCGUUCCUGUCCAGGCGGAGUUACCACCAACUCCUUCCCCCCGGACACGACAUAUCACCUCUCCGCUCCCCCAGAGCUUAGUGCCUGCAUUUUAUGUUCCUGGCUCUAGGGAAGAGAGUCGCCGUCUCCGCUGCUCGAGCCCGAGCCGUUAGCGCGGUCAGAGUGACAAAAAUGGCCCUGACUCAAAUCUCAAGCGCCAAGUGUUUUGAAGGAUAUCAGAAGGUGUAUGAACAUGACAGCUUGGAGUUAAAAUGCAAGAUGCGGUUUGGAAUUUAUCUGCCUCCAAAAGCAGAGCGUGUGAAGUGCCCUGUGUUAUACUGGCUUUCAGGGUUAACAUGCACAGAGCAAAACUUCAUAACCAAGGCAGGGAGUCAGCAAGCAGCAGCUGAACACGGCAUUAUCAUCGUAGCCCCAGACACCAGUCCCCGUGGCUGUAAUAUUCAAGGUGAGGACGAUAGCUGGGAUUUUGGUACAGGGGCUGGGUUCUACGUCAAUGCCACAGAGGACCCUUGGAAGACAAACUACAAGAUGUACACCUAUAUUACAGAGGAGUCUCUGAUAACAUCUGGGCAGUCAGUGUCAGCACUUGCUCCUAUCUGCAACCCUGUGCAGUGCCCUUGGGGCCAGAAAGCAUUCACUGGAUACCUUGGCUCUGAUAAAAGCAAAUGGGAGGCCUAUGAUGCCACUUGCCUGGUGAAAACCUAUUCAGGACCUCUCCUGGAUAUACUUAUUGACCAAGGGAAGGAUGAUCAGUUCCUGGCUGCAGGACAGUUACUCCCUGAUAGCUUCAUCACAGCUUGUACUGACAAGAAGAUACCUGUUGUUUUUCGGCUUCAGGAGGGAUAUGACCAUGGCUACUACUUCAUUGAGACAUUUAUUACAGACCAUAUCAAGCAUCAUGCAAAGUACCUGAAUGCUUAAGCGUCACCAGCAGUAAUGAUCAUCUCAGCUGUGCCUUUUAAUCAUGUAGCAGUCGUAGAGCAUAACCUGAAAAAUUAGCUGUUCCCAUGAUGUCCCAGGAUGAUGAACAUUAUUUCCCUUGUCUGCACGUGGUGGCUGGCAGGAUCUGGACAACUUGUUGACCCGCACUGAUCUGUGCUCAUCUUGAGAAUGGAGAUGUGUCCAAAUGAAGUCACUGUACUUGAUUUGUUUUUUUGAAAUCUAACAUCAUGCCCAUACCAACCCAAUGAAAACAAUCUGUGAGCACAACCUUUAAAUAAAGUCAAUUAAACAGCA